AUGCAGACAAACUUUCUUUCCCAGCAAUUUAAUGCUGGUCCUUUGGCAGAAAACUCCACAGCUUGUCCAGUAAAUGCUACUAUUUGUGAUGGCACCUCUUGUGUAUUGACAGAAGAUAAUUUUAAUCAAACUUUGAGCGUAGUUUUAAGUACUGUUCUAACAAUCAUGCUGGCUUUGGUGAUGUUCUCCAUGGGCUGCAAUGUGGAAAUCAAGAAUUUCUUGGGCCACAUAAAAAGACCCUGGGGUAUAUUUGUGGGUUUCCUUUGCCAGUUUGGAAUUAUGCCUCUCACAGCCUUCUUGCUCUCUUUGGCCUUCAACAUCCUUCCUAUUCAAGCUGUCGUGGUGAUGAUCAUGGGAUGCUGUCCGGGGGGCACAGCCUCGAAUGUUAUCGCCUACUGGGUGGAUGGAGACAUGGACCUAAGCAUCAGCAUGACAACUUGCUCCACGCUGCUUGCAAUGGGAAUGAUGCCACUUUGUCUCUUUGUUUACACCAAAAUGUGGACUGAUGCUGAUGCAAUUGUACUCCCCUAUAACAGCAUUGGACUUUCUCUGGUAGCUCUUGUAAUUCCUGUUUCAGUGGGAAUAUUUGUCAACCACAAGUGGCCUAGUAAAGCAAAAAUCAUACUUAAGGUAGGUUCCAUUGUGGGAGCAGUGCUCAUCGUGCUCACUGCUGUGGUUGGGGGAAUACUCUACAAAGGCUCCUGGGUUAUCACACCAAAAUUAUGGAUCAUUGGCACCAUAUUUCCAGCAGCCGGAUAUACUUUAGGAUUCUUUCUGGCUCGCCUAGCUGGUCUGUCAUGGAACAGGUGUCGUACAGUGUCUCUGGAAACAGGCAUGCAAAACACCCAGCUAUGUUCCACCAUAGUACAGCUCUCAUUCACUCCUGAACAACUUGAACUGAUGUUUACUUUCCCACUCAUCUACAGCAUUUUCCAGCUGUUGUUUGCAGCACUAAUUUUAGGAGGCUACCGUCUUUACAGAAGACGCCAUGUCAAAACAAAGACAGAUGUUGAGAAAACAGCGCAAAAAGAGGAUUCAAAAUCAGAAGCUAAAAUAAAUGGAGGAUUUGUAUCAGAUGAGAUUAAAUAG